UUAAACCUGCAUAGUAUUACACGUGUUUAGGACAGAGACCCUCUACAGUACACACAGGCUGCUGUAGCACUGUGUAAAGUCAUAUAAACUCUAUCAGCCUUCUGACAUCCUGCACAAGGACUCAUCAGCAAGAAAUGAUGGUUAUCCUGAAUGUUUCCUGUCUGUCUUCUUUAAGGAGGGUAGUACUGGGGUCAACAAAGGCUCAUCUCAUGACAGUGAGAAGGAUUUCUGCAAGCCAGUUUCACCUGCUGCCACACAAUGGUAGAAGUGGAGUAUCGCUGUCAGCCUGCUGCUUUAUGAAGGAAUCCUUUUUAUGUCAAAGGUGGAUACCAGCUUACAAUAGCAUCUUCCCCCAGAGAAGAGGAUACAGCAAAAAUGAGAAGUUGUCGCUCACUGAUAUUGCAGGCAGGAUAAAGCAGGGUCUCUACAAGCGUAUUGUAGUGAUGGUGGGUGCUGGUAUCAGCACUGACAGUGGGAUCCCGGAUUUCAGGUCUCCAACGAGUGGUCUCUACAGUAAACUGCAGGAAUAUUCCCUGCCAUACCCUGAGGCUAUAUUUGAUUUAAGCUACUUCCUGCGUGAGCCUCAUGCAUUUUUGCGUCUUUCUAAGGAGCUGUUACCUGGAAAGCACCUUCCCAACCCAGCACAUUAUUUUCUGCGGCUUCUAAAUGACAAAGGGAUAUUGUUACGCCUCUACACACAAAACAUAGAUGGUCUGGAAAGAGUGGCUGGGAUUCCAGCUGAAAAGUUGGUGGAAGCUCAUGGCUCCUUUUCAUCAGCCACAUGUACCAUGUGCCUGAAAGAAUACCCCGGCAAGACUUUUCAUGAUGCCGUGGUGGAGUCUCAAGUCCCUCGCUGUUCAUCAUGUGACGGUCUCAUCAAACCUGACAUUGUAUUUUUUGGAGAACAGCUUCCUGCUCGGUUCUUCUUACACCUUACGGACUUCCCCAGGGCAGACCUUCUGAUUGUCAUGGGCACCUCUCUAGAGGUGGAACCAUUUGCCAGUUUGGUGUAUGCAGUCGGUCGUUCUACACCACGAGUUCUUCUAAAUCGAGAUAAUGUAGGCCCAUUUUUGGACACUUCAGAUGGACUCAACGUGGUGGAGCUUGGAGAAGUCACCAGUGGAGUGAAACAUUUUGUACAACUCCUGGGCUGGGAGAGUGAACUUGAGGAGCUAGAGAAAAGUGCCAAGGUAAUGUAAG